AUUUGUCAAAUCCCCAACAAUCAAAGUGAGUUUCCGCCAACUGUGACGCUGCUGGGCAACCGUUGCGCUAUUGAGAUGACUGUCACCGGUGAAGUUUCUAUUCGAGAAGCCCCAGAAGAGUCUGAGGGCAAAAGGCGGGAAGAAGUUGGUGCGGAAGUAUGGGUUGAAGAUGCCGAGGGAGAGGAAAAUGGAGAAUCUCCUUCGCAUCUCCCUUUCGCCCCUUCAUCAGAGUUACCUGACACAACAACGGUGGAUCCCAGCUAUAUUAUUUCUCUGAUAAGGAAACUUUUACCAAAUAAUAUAAACAAACAAAGUCUAAAUCUUUCUGAAACAUCAAAAGUGUGUCCUUUGGAAGAGAACAAGGAGGCAGAAUCUAUCUCCUCGAAGAAACUAUUGGACACGGAAGCCAGAUGUGAGGGUUCCAUUAAUGAUCAUUUUGGUGGUCAGUCAUAUUCCUCUGCUCCCAUAUAUAAUGGAAUAGGAGCAGAUUCUAUAAAAGAGGACACUGGUUCUGAUGAUCAAGAAACUGGAUUUAUUGAUGAGGUAAAUACGUGGGAAGACUCUGGCUGCAUACUCUGGGAUCUUUCGACGAGUAGAACUCAUGCAGAAUUCAUGGUUAACAAUUUCAUGCUUGAAGUACUUCUAGCAAGUCUCCAUGCCUCAAUAUCUCCUCGAAUCACGGAGAUUUGUCUAGGGAUUUUGGGAAAUCUGACUUGCCAUGAUGUUUCUAGCAAUGCCAUGACAUCUAUAGAUGGUUUGAUUGAAGCAGUUGUUAAUCAACUAUACCUAGACGACUCUCCGUGCCUCUCUGAAACAUUCAGGCUUUUAAGUGUGGCUCUUCAAGGUAUUGGGUCUACGUUGUGGGCAAAAGCACUACUAUCUGAGCAAGCAUGUCUACGUAUAAUUUGGAUUGUUGGGAACACAUUAAAUACAAUAUUAUUGGAAAAGAGUAUCGACUUUUUGUUGACUGUGAUUAACAAUAAAGAAGUUGCAAACGUUCUUCUUCUACCCAUGAUAAAGUUGGGUUUGCCAAAUCUUGUAGUUAACUUAUUGUCCUGUGAGAUGGACAACUUAGAUGAUGAAAACAAGCCAAAAAGGCCAUCUUUUCUUGAUCCAAUUUUAUGCUUAGUUGAAGCACUUUCUUCCACGGAGUGUGGUUCGGAAAUUACCAUUCCAAAUGAGGAACUCUGUCAUUUGGUCUGCCGUGUGAUCAAGCUUAAUGAGAAAUAUGAGUACACUAGCUCCUGUGUCGCUGCUGUGGUUAUAAUUGCAAACCUCUUGGUGGACGAACAACAUAUUGCAUCACAACUUUCACAAGAUCAUGAAUUCCUGAAAGGUCUGCUCGAAACCAUCCCUUUUGUUUCCGACGAUCCGCAAGCCCGUGACGCUCUCUGGUGCAUCUUAGAGUGGUUGUUCGCUCUAGUCGCAGAGCCAGAUAUCGAAAUUUCAUCCCUUUACCGACUUGUUUCGUUAUUACUAGAGAAGUCCAGUCUCAUUAUGGAUGACUUGGAUGGUCAUCAAAUGGAGGAUUCCAGCCAUCUAAAUGCCUCCAACACUGGUGCAAUUGUUAGAACUCUUUUGAGAAUUUCUUGCAUCAUAGAUGGAUGGAUUGCGCAAAAAAAUGAAAUGAUUGAGGGAACUGCAAAUGUUGUUGAUUCUGAAGCCAAAGCUGAAAGAUUGCGGCAUUACUGCAAGAAGUACAGUUCCGCGCUAUCAGCUCCAAAUGUGUGAGAAUAGGGAGAAUUUUUAGGUAAGUUAUAGUAGCCUAAAUUUCAUCAAAUGAAUUUUCUAACCAUUAAAUUUACUUUGAUAUUAGUUCAAUGCAUGAUUAA